AGUAGGAUGGAGAAGACGCUGGCGGGGGAGAGACGGGUGAGGCGGUUGAAGCACUACUCCUCUGAUCAGAAGAUACUGAUCGUUGGCGACGGGGACUUCUCAUUCUCGCUGGCGCUGGCAGUGGCGUUCGGCUCCGGCACCAACCUCCUCGCCACAUCUCUCGAUAUCUAUGUUGCCCUGACGAUCAAGUACAGAAACGCAUUGUCAAAUAUAAUGGAGCUGAAAAGAUUGGGGGCAACUGUUUUGCAUGGCGUCGAUGUAAAAACAAUGAAGCUUCACGCUGAACUGAAGAACAGACGGUUUGACCGGAUUGUCUUCAAUUUUCCUCAUUCAGGGUUCAAAGGACCAGAGACCGAGCUGCACGUGAUCAAUUCGCACAAGGAGCUGGUGGCUGGCUUUUUCAGCAACGCGCGCCACCUGCUUCAGCGCUACGGUGAAAUCCAUGUCAGCCACAAGAUAAUGCACCCAUACGACUGGUGGGAUCUUGAGCACCUAGCCUCGGUUUCUUCUCUUGUUCUGACUGAGAAAGUUGGUUUCCACAAAGAGGACUACCCUGGCUACAACCAAAAGAGAGGAGAUGGUACAAAGUGUGACAAACCAUUCAACCUAGAUCCUUGUUGCACGUUCAAGUUCAAAAUCUCAGAAGCAGCCGGUGGCCGCACAGGGUUUGGUACUAGUAGGAUGAAGCUAAUAGAGGAGACAGAUUACCCGUAG